GAACGGAGUGUGAUUUUUGAUAAAACCUGUCGAAGUGCCGAUCUACAGAAUGAACAUCACUAUAUUGAAUUGCUGCAUUGAACGUUUCGGUUUGAAAUGCUAAAGCUUUGACUCAAAGCCUUUUAGCAAUAACUCUCAAAUGCUUACUCAAAAAUUCCUAAAUUGUCUGAUUGAAAUGUAUAGUUUUAAAUGUAAACAAGAGAUUAUUUUUGACGCAAAUAACGGAAACUUCCCCGUUAGCGAUGCCGCCACAGCAAGAAGAUAAACAAAAAUGUACAUGAGAACGCACAAAUAUGCAACCGUUUUGUUUUUCAGAAUUUUAUCGGCAUUGACUCAUGCGAAUAUAUCAAAAAGUUAAAAAUGAAACCGAUUCUAUAUUUACAGUCAAUUCACAGAAUAGAGAUAAUUAAGAUAAAUGAUUGUGUUUACGCCAAUUCUUUGUAUUCAAUAGUGAAAUAAACAAAUUGCAUUUAAAACAGAGUAUCAAUUGAAAAAAAUGUCAGUAAUGCAAAUCAUUUUGUAGCCAUUGGACACGGCUCCUCCAAUUUAGUCGUUGUGGAGAGUCUUCAUUGGAGACCAUAGCAAAUUUUUGAUAUCGACGUUAUUAUCCAAAAGAGAGCUUGAUAGAAAGAGUUAAAAGAGAAAAAAAAACACAAUAAAAAUGUUAAUGUUCAAAGGUGUUCUACUCAUAUUUUCAUGUUCGUCAGCCUUCGAAAUAAGCUACUGUAAUUACAAUGCAACAGAUCGUCACAUUGAGUAUGUUUGUGAUGUGAGUAGUUCUUCAUUUGCUGACCAAGCAACGGAGUAUUUAUACUGUGAUAACUACGCUUCCGAGAUUAAGAAAGAGGAAGUCGAGUGGCUGAGUCUCCGUGUAUGCAAAGCAAAAGAAUUAUCGAACGAUUUUUUGGACGUGUAUUAUUCAAAUCUGAACAUGCUAAACAUUUCACAUAUUGGAAUUGAAACAAUACGUGCUUCAGAUUUAAGAAACGUUCAACGUUUGAAUAUGUUAGUAGCGUCUCACAAUCGAUUGCACCAUAUUCCCGUCGAUUUGUUCAUUAGCAAGCCGGAGCUAUUCAUAGUUGACUUAUCAUUUAAUCAAAUAACGCAACUGGACCCAUCUGUUUUUGACAGCGUUCAGAAUUUAAUGAUGCUUUUUUUAUCGACCAAUUUAAUUGAAGAGUUGCACGCACAAACUUUCUCAAAUCUACAUCUGUUGGAGCUGUUGGACCUUAGCAACAACCGAAUCAAAAUCAUCGACAAUAAUUUACUGGUCGCGAACUAUGUGCUACAAAUCAUCGGUCUAAAUGAUAACCAAGUGAAACGAUUGGAAUGUGAAUUUUUAGCGACUUUAACGAAAAUGCGUUCACUCAACAUAGCAUUAAACACUUUAGAACGAGUCGAUUCAAGCUGCACCAACGCCGGAGUACAUAUUGAUAUUGAAAUCAUUUCGAAUGAAUCUACAACCGAGCUACGAGUAUCUGAAGGUCACUUCGUCAUUAGUUUUAUCAAAAAUGAUUUUUCCAAAAUUCGUCAUUUAAAUUUGUCGAGUAGGCAUAUUGAAAAUGUCGCAGAAUUGGUUCACGAGAUAAAUCCACUGAUUGAAUUACUUGAUAUUUCCAGUCAUGAUGUGAAAGACUUGCAUGGGAACACUUUCAAAGAAUUUCGCAAUUUGAAACAAUUAUAUUUAAGUCGAACAAAUGUGACAUUUUUGGAUUUUGCAAUGUUGUUUAAUGAAACGCUCCUAGAAGUGCUAGAUUUAUCAUACAAUAACUUAAAUGAAAUCGAUGUGUCUUUCAUUUUUAUUUUGGAUUUGCUAGAUUUUAGCGAAUUAAAAACAUUAAAUUUAAAAGGGAAUAAUUUUUCAAGCAUAGACGAUGUGAUGUCCACCGAUUUGCCAAAUCUAUCCGUUUUAAAUAUAGCGGAGAAUCAUUUUUCGUGUGAAUAUUUAGUGGGUUUUCUAAUUAAGUGGAUAAAUUUGGAGGUUAUACUUGAUAAUCGUUCAGAUGAAACAUAUUUUAAUGGAAUCGAUUGUGUGCGGGAAAAUCCAGUUAUUUACAAAAUGUUUCAAAUGAAUAAUGUUACAUUUGUUGUAAAUAAUUUCGUGGAUAAUUCUAUAAAUCAUUCAGAAGAUGUUCAAACGAUUAAUUCGCUUCAUUAA